CUUUUUCUUGUAUUCUGGUAGGUGGAAUUCACCCGCGAGGUGGAGGAGGAAGGGGUCAAAACCCUGAAGCAAAACAAACGUGUUCUGUUCCAGAGGAUGGCGCCCUACCCACAGCGCAAAGUCAUAACGUUCAAUCGUUACAACAGUGACUUCACUUUCAACGUCAACUACGGAGACCUGAACUUUUUGAGUGAAAACGAAUUAAGUGUUUUUGGCUCUACGAACUUGAGCACCGUCAAGCUUUCUGGAGUGGGAAGCAGCUUCCAAAAACACGCCGAUGCCGAGUCCAAGGGGAUAAAGGCUCAUUUCAACAUGGAUGAAAGUGGUGUCCUUCUUCUUGAUCGGGUGAGAUUUAUUUACUGCCUCUUUACUUUUUUUAUUCGAGUAGUUAUUCUGACUACCAGAAUGACUGAGUAACACCUGAUAUUUUUC